UUUUUUUUUUUUAUCUCUACUAAAUAUAAAAUUCAAAAUGCCACCCUUCUCUGAUCGGGCAUCAAGAAGCCCUUUUCUGAAGUUGCCCUCCAGCCGAGAGAAUCCCUAAAAGGCCAUAUUUUCCUCUGCCACUCUCAAUCCUCACAGGUACUAAUCUAAUCAUGUUAUUAUUAUUAUUAUUUUUUUUUGCAACCCCCGUUUGAUUCCCAAGAAAAUCCAUCCCCCAUUCGAUUUCCGGGAAAAUUCAUCAUCGUUUGAUUUCCGAGAAAAUCCAAGCAAAAACCCUGCAACCCCCGUUUGAUUCCCAAGAAAAUCCAUCCCCCAUUCGAUUUCCGGGAAAAUUCAUCCUCGUUUGAUUUCCGAGAAAAUCCAAGCAAAAACCCUGCAACCCCUGUUUGAUUCCCAAGAAAAUCCAUCCCCCAUUCGAUUUCCGGGAAAAUUCAUCCUCGUUUGAUUUCCGAGAAAAUCCAAGCAAAAACCCUGCAACCCCCGUUUGAUUCCCAAGAAAACCCAUUGUAGACCCCCAUUUGGGGCCUUUCAUGCAGCUGCCCGUUUUGGCCACGUGGAAGAGCCUUGCUCAAUCACGUGUCUCCUUUUGAGAGGGCAAUGCAGAAUCGUAUGUUGUUUUUGAAGUGCCAAUGGAAGGUUGACAGGUGGCAUGAAGAUCUGCAGGCUGUUGUAUUAAGGAGCGUCUUCUGUUAUUAGCAAGGUAGUGGUGCAGAGUAGUGGGGGAGAUGGGCCUAAAAGAGGAAGGUGGCAGAAAAAGCGGAAGGUAGUGGAGGCUUGCAACUGCAAGGCAGGUGGGUGUCGUCUGGCGGUUAGAGAGAUUUUUUUCCAUAGGGGGUUGGAGUUUUCCAGGGAGAACAGGGAGACAGGGAGAGAGGGAGAGAGGGAGAGAGGGAGAGAUUUUUUCUGGAGAGAUUCCUUGAGCUUAAGCUGCUUUUGCUGAAGGAGUGAGGUUUUUUGCGUGAGAGUUGGAACUAGAGAGGAAGGUGAUUUUUCUGGUCAUUUAGGAGGAUGUUUUCUUGAGGAGUAAACUUUGAUAGUUUUUCUGGGGUUUUCUUGAGCUUGAGAGGCAAGGAAGCUUUGAGGAAGAAGAUGAAGUGGCGGAUGAACAGCAUGGGUGAACUCCUAAACAGCUUUUGAGCUUGGUACGUUUUCUCUUCUCAAUACCUUGUUCUAUUUUCUAUUGAUUCAUGAGUAAACUUUGAUUGAUUGCUGUGGACGUCAAGGGCCACAGGAUUGUUUUGAUUGAACAUGCUUAUUUGUAUAUGAUGCUCUGUUAUGCUUCUCUCUGUUACUCUUGAUAUUCUCCUCUGUAAAUGGCUGGAUCUACCUUGAGCCUAGUUUGGUUUUAAGCCCGUAAUAUUGAGGAUCUCCAGAUCAUCCCCACCUGUUUGGAGCCCUUAGGUCAAUCUUGUGAUACAUUUUCAUUGGGCUUUUAUCUUUCAUGGUAGUAAUUUUCCUUCGUCCUCUGUUUUCUUCUUUCACUGUUUGUUUUUUUUUUUUUCUGGCUCAAGAAAAUACUCCAGUCUCAUGUUGAUUGUUUCUUUAGUGUUUUACAUGGUUUGAGUUUUUGAGAAGGUAAAAGUUGGUUUCAUGAAAUGGGGUGUUGGCUUUACUAUCAUCAUUGUUAUACUCUGGCCUCUACUCUCCCUUCCAAUAGGGCAAUUCAGUAAGGGGUAUUAAGGCUUUGCAAAGAGAACUUGGACAAUUCAAGGAUAUGCAAUCCAUGAGAUAUGUAGUUGCAGUGCCAGGGUUCAUGCUUCUGUUCAGUUUCAGCAGCCUCCUGAUGGCAAGUGUUAGCAGUCACCACCAUCACCCAAGGGAUCAUUCUUUCAAUACCUGAAAAUCAUAGAAACCGGUUCAUGGAAUGAGCAAGCAAAGCUGUCCUCGAACCGCCGGCGGCGAAGCGCCUCUGUCAUCACCGGAACGUGACAGGAUGGUGAUCGAAAACAUCUACCACUGUCAUUACUGUUGAGGGCCACGUGUUGACCGUUAUAUCUUUGCUUGAACCAUUACUGCUUCUGUUGAUUGAGGCGUCAUGCAAUGCUAAGUCUCCGCACUCAGGACCAUAUUAUCAACUCAUUCAGCAGUAUCAACAGCUUCAGAGUCAGUCUCAAUUUCACAUGGGGUAAAUGUCGACAGUUGGUCCACAUGGAGACCAGGACCUGAAGUCGCCAUCACCUAACCUGCUAUGGCCGUGGCCUUGGCCACUGUUGGCGUCGCCGGGACCAUCCACUCCAACAAUUCUGCCGUUCCAAGUGCUUCUACCUGAGGUCCUAUGCAUUCAUCUGGUGCCAAUAAUUUCUUCUAUUCCUCGCUCGAUCAAAACACGCUGAUGUGUUAAUGUCAAGAGGAGGUCCUGGCACUCCUAUGAUUUGUCUCUAGUCCAUCAAUGAAUCCCGAAUAUUCACCACAUGCAAGCGUUCACGUCUUUGUUUUUGGGCAACUUCUGCCUCUGCCCCAUCUUUUGCACUGUUGCUAUGGAAGUACAGGGCAAGCAAAUGGGCAGGAACUUCACAAGAGCAUCAACCCUGAUGAAGCUGUUGCCUAUGGUGCUGCCGUCCAAGCUGUCAUUUUGAACGGUGAGAGUAAUGAUAAGGAUCACUACUAUCCCCACGAAGAAAGAGCCAGUCUUCUCCACCUACUUAGAUAACCAGCCUGGUGAAUUGAUCCAAGUGCCUGAAGGAGAGAGAACGAGGACCAGAGACAGCAACUUGCUUGGUAAGUCUGAGCUCUCCGGCAUUCCUCUAGCUCUCAGAGAUGUUCCUCGGAUCACAGUCUGCUUUGAUAUUGAUGCCAAUGAGAUCCUGAACAUACCCAUUGAGGACACACCACCGACAGAGCAAACACAGCUGCACUACGGGUUUCACCCAUGCAUGGUUAUCCCCUAUCACCCCGCUUCUGCAUGAUCCUCACCAUGCCCACACUCUUGUCUCUACAUAAUGGAAUCCCAUAUCAUCAUGUCCAUAGCCUUACACCUUCACUAACCUCCCACCACCUUUUCUCUCUCCAAACUUAACCAUACCCAUAAACUCACUUCCCUCUCUGUAAGUUUGCUUACCAUAGUGCCUUGGUCUCCACAGUCAACUUACCGUAUGUCAUAGCACUCACUGUCGGCAGCCUGUGCCUCCAUCAUGCCAUCCCUCCUCUGUUCUUAGCCACUGCACUUUCUCACAUCCAUCACAAUCCCCGUACCCACGACACAUGUAUAGCCAUCCAUCACGCCUCGCAAACCAGUCCUCCUAGUCUCAUGCACAUGGACACUCCCUCACCACCUUCCAAAAAUUCUUCUUCACGGUAUGAGGAGCUUGAAAAGCUCAUUUGGGGAAAACAUGCUUCAUAUUCAGACUUUCCUUCAGAUUUGACAUCCAAGUGUCAAUGUAUGACCUCUGAUGAUGUUGUUGUUUUCUUCCAAUAAUUGCAUGAAUGAUGGUGGCAUCUCACCAUACCAGAUUUGUAUGCAUGUGGCACAAUGCUCAAGCCAAUUGAUAAUGCAUAUCAACCAGGGAGUUGGCAGUCCAGAUGCAAGUCAAAGCUGUGGGGUUUAGCAGAUCAUCAAGGCUUUCCUGCAAGCGUGGGUUUAAUAUUCGUUACUAGAGAAAGAGAUGGGGAGUGCACUAGAACAAGAUCAGCAGAGAGAUAGAGUCCAAGCUAAGUCCAUCAACUCUAGUCACUAAAGGGGCCUCCUGAAUUGAUGAAGCUAUUAGUUUGUUUUUGAGAGAGAAGAUGACAUUUGCUACAGUGAUUGACGGCUCUAAAGAAAGGGGAAUGGAUUUCUAACAAAUUGGACACGUUUCAGCAGUGACAUGAAAGUCUGUGCCAAUGCUUCAGAUUCAUUCACGCGCACUGUAAGAUUUGGGACCCAAUGGAAAUGGUUGUUGGCGGGUGCGAUUUUGCUAUGAGGAUGACUGUACCUGCAGAUAGGAGACUUGGGCAUUCAUUUUUUGGUGAUACUACUUCUAGUCACACACAAAGAGAAGAUAGAAUUCAUGGGGACCAAGCCUUGGCUUUAGUUUUGUGGAUACGAAGAAAGGAGCUGAUGCUUUGGAAUGUCGGUUAUGCAUAAAUGGGUUUCCAGUCACUUCUAUUCAUGAUGAUAUGUUGCGGCAAGGAAAAGAACACGCUUUGUGUUUAUUUAAGUGGUACAACUCCAAUUCUGGUGGCAGUUGAUGUGACAGCACGGGGUUUUGACAUUCCUUAUGAUGCUCACGUGAACUGUUUCGCCUUGGAGGGCAAGCUAAGCAACAAAUGUUUAUGUUGUUGGAGCAGGACACCUGGUGCUUCUGAGCUAUCCAUCAGGAAUUUACCCCCCUUAGCCAUUGGUGACCCUAGUAACUUGGACGCCACAUGGGUUUGACUGUGUGCAGGCGUAAACACACCAGAGGCAGUUUUAUCUUCCUAACAGCAGCAGAUCCUCAUGGGAACAGCGUUGAGGUUGCAAUUUGUACUUACUGUCGUUCACAUCAGGAGGUUAUGGUAUGAUCAAGGACUCGGAAUCUCCAUGCAAAUAUCUGCUUGAUAAGGCACAGGUUGCACUGUCCCAGGAAGCCUUAGGGGAUGGCAAAUGCACCCGUAUCUCCUACACUGCAUCCAUAUCAAAUUUGCAGGCAGCUUAUUUUCAGAAUGAUGGGUAGCAGUGCUUUUGUUGACAAUUCAAAGUUAUGUGGAGAACCUUUGAAACCAUGUGCUGAUUCUGAGGGAACUCAGCGUGGAUUCGAACUGGAGGGCAGGAGCCAAGACAAGCUUAAAUGGGUUUUUCUACUCUAAGCAGGGAUGCUUUUAUACAAUGACGAGAAGGGGACCCCACUCAACAUGGUUUGCAUGGCCACUUUUAGGUCACAUGUCUUUCUGCCUUUGUUUCAUCUUUGUUUUUUUUAAAAAAAAUAAUCUUUCAAAUCCCAGUUUUCAAAUAGUUUUCCAAUCUCUAGAUUUUCAAAUAAUUUUAACUUUUCAAAUCUUCAUCCUUAGUUUCCUUUUUAGGCUUCAAAAAUACCAAUUUUAAUAAAAUUUGCUUCCACUUUUCAUUUGGUAAGCAAUUUUCAAAUCCUUCAUGAUCUUUUUAAAAUAUUUUAAAAUAAGCAAAGAAAUCAAUCUUCGUAAUUCUCAAAUGAUGAGAUUUAUGAGAUUAAUUCAUGCAAAAUAAACGGGCUAUGGUGGGGGCCCUACAUACAUGACUUCAUGAUUGAUUAACCGAUUGGUUGAUUUAUUUGUCAUGCAUGUUUGAUUUAUUCUGUUCCUUGACAUGCGCAUAAGUAUAUGUAUAUAUUCAUUGUUCACUGAUCCUGUUUCAUGAUAGCGCAUUUGUCAUUGGAGGUCCAGGUACGCACUCAUUCUCAUUUUGAUUAUUCUCUAUGCAUGCCCUUAUUCUCAUAUGUGCACGAUAGUUCUGGGUAUUCAUCGUUUUCCCUAUUAGAUGUCAUGAUUGCUUCAUUUUAUUAGUAGAGACCCGACAUUAGGGACUUAGAGGGGUGCUACGGUCUUUACCGUACCUUCCCGAUAAGUAACCUGACCCCCGAACCCGAUCCGGUUUUUCGUAGAUCACCUUUUCCAAAACAAGGAGUCACAUUUAGGGUUUUUCUUUCUUAUUUUGUUUACCCAUUUAAAAAUAAAACAAAAAUAAGUGGCGACUCCAAGUCAUUUUCUAAUAAAUAAAAUAAAAAUCAAUUUUUCAAAUAAAAAUCGAGCUCGCCAUUCGAGUGGGAAACGCAUUGAGCCGAAAUGCGGGGUCCACACCCAUCCCCCAUUCGAUUUCCGGGAAAAUUCAUCCUCGUUUGAUUUCCGAGAAAAUCCAAGCAAAAACCCUAAGGAAAACCAAAAAUCCCUGCAUUUUCUGGAUCCGUUUUAGGGGUCUCUUUGCUAUUGUGCGAUUGGAUUUAAAUUUCACGAACCUUGAAUCAAAACUGAGAAACAAGAAGAGGCGAGCCACUGUGCUGGAGAAGAGAUGAAAACGGGAAGAAAAAAAAAACACGGGAAACAGAUUGUUUUUUUUUGUUUAAUUUUGUUCUGUGAACAGUAAAAAAACGGGGAAAACAAGAUUUUGUUAUUCUCUAAACAGUGUCAUUUUGAGAACACGGGAAACAACAAAAACAAAAAUCACUCUCUCAACCAAACGAGUUUUUGGUGUUUUUUGUUUUCAAGAACAGAAAACAGUUCUUGAAAACACUAAACAAACAGGCCCUAACAUGCUUAACUCCGAAAGAUUAGUUAGAAUUUUUACAACCAUCCAAUUUCUAAUGUUUUUUCUAUAUAUAUAUAUAUACACAUGAGAUAUACACGGCAUAACAUGAAUGAGAUAUCCACAACAUAACAUGCUUAACUCUGAAAGAUUAGUUAGAAUUUUUACAACUAUCCUUGAAUUUUUAAUGUUUUUUGUUGGAAUUUAUUUGUCCACGACAUAACAUGCUGAACUCAGAGAGAGAGAGAGAGAGAGAGAGUGAUAAGGCAGAAUCCUGAUUGAUUCUUUCCUUGAUCUUAGAUUAUUUGUUAUUAUGUAUAUUUAUCUUUUCCUAGUUUGUAGGAUCUUUCAACUGUAUAUUUUAGCCAUAUUUUACAAUUACUGAGGAUUUUAGCCAUAUUUUACACAGGUUCUCAAACCUUUAUUGAGAGAGAGAGAGAUCUUGAUCUUUGGUUUAUGAAAGUGAUGAAUUCAAAUAGAGAGAGAGAAAGAGAAAAAAAAACUCUUUCUUCCUCUAAACAUUUGGGGAUGAAUAAAAUAUGAAAGCACAUUUCUCUAUACGAGAAAGGUGAAUUUCAUGAAGUUGGAUAGAUCAAGCUUAUAAUUAAGGUUAUCAUAAGCUUUUGAAAGCACAUUUCUCUAUAUGAAAAAGGUGCAUUCCAUGAAGUUGGAUAGAUCAAGCUUAUGAUUAAGGUUUUGAAUAAAAUGAUCUUUCCUUUUUUUUUAUUCCUUUUUUUUCUUAUUUCAAUGUAAUAAUAAUGAGACAGGUGAUAUAAUUUUUCCAAAAAUUAAAAAUAAAUCAACAAACCUAUAAUCUAUUUUUUCAAAUUAAAAACUUCUUUUUUAAUUACUCGGUUGCUCUUAUUUGUUUAUUCCUCAUAAAUAAAGAACUGCAUGAGUACUGUGCUUAGAAGAGAAGGCUAUGAGCCCCUAAGGGCUGACCAAGAUUAAGAACCCCGCAAAGUGUUCAUACUUCCACUUUGAGUUCAAGAUCAGAUAAACACAAGCCCAGAAAUUGUUUAACACCAGAAAGCACCUGCUCCUCAUGAAUUCUAUAAAUACAGCACAAGAGGCAACUAUUUCUUGUAUCAGUGCUUAGUUCUAGUUCUUCUUUUGGUUCUUUCUUCAACUGUUAGAAGAAGAAUCAUGAAGAUCUCAAUCAGCAGUUGCAUAUGGGUCUUUCUUCUGUUCUUUGUUUCAGGUGUAGUACAAGUGAAAGCAUAUUAUGUUGAGUGCACCAACAAGGAGAGCCGAUGCUAUCAGAAGACGCUGGCUUGCCCAUCUGAGUGCCCCUACACUUAUUCUGAAGACCCCAAGGCUAAAGUCUGCUAUAUCAAUUGUAACUCCCCUCAAUGCAAGGCCGAGUGCAAACAUCGGAAGCCAAACUGCAAUGGCCCUGGUGCAGCAUGCUAUGAUCCGCGUUUCAUAGGUGGAGACGGCGUUGUUUUCUACUUCCAUGGCAAGAGCAACGAGCAUUUCAGCUUAGUUUCUGACCGCAACCUCCAAAUCAAUGGCCGUUUCACCGGCCACAGGCCUGCUGGUCGACCUCGUGACUUCACAUGGAUUCAAGCCCUGGGCAUCCUUUUCAAAUCUCACAGCUUCUCUGUAGAGGCCACCAAGGCAGCAACAUGGGAUGAUGAAAUCGACCAUCUUAAGUUCACUUACAAUGGGGACGACUUAGUGAUUCCUGAAGGCCCUCUUGCCGUAUGGAAUCCCCCGGACCAGAGCGUAAAAGUGGAGAGAAUUUCGAGCAAGAACAGUGUGGUAGUCACUUUCCCUAAUGUUGUUGAGAUAUCUGUAAAUGUAGUGCCUGUGACAAAGGAAGAUGACAGAAUUCAUAGCUACCGGGUGCCUUCCCAUGACUGCUUUGCCCACUUGGAGGUGCAGUUCAGAUUCUAUGGCCUGUCCCCUAAGGUGAGCGGAGUGCUUGGCCGGACUUACCAGCCUGAUUUUGAGAAUCCUGCGCGGCAAGGUGUGGCAAUGCCGGUGGUGGGUGGUGAAGAUGAGUACAGAACCACGUCUCUUCUCUCCGCUGAUUGCAGGUCAUGUGUGUUCAAUCCUGGUAGAGUUGCAGAACAGGAGGACUCACCACUGAUUGGAUAUAACAUACUAGACUGCACUCACCAGUCUGGCAGUGGAAAUGGAAUAGUUUGCAGGAAGUGAUCUAUCGAAGCUUUUGCUUCUUGGGGAAUAAUGGGAAUAUGUUGUCGUGUGUCUGUUGCUCUAUGUUAUGUUUCUUCUGUGUUUAUGUCUUGUAUGUCUUUGAUGAAAGCUAUUGGAAGGUAAUUAAAUAAAAGUGUGUGUUGUUCA